GCGGGGAGGAGGGCGAUGCCCGCGACGUGACGGGCUCCAGGCGGGGGAGGUUCCAGGCUUCACCGUAACCAACGGUGUUUGCACGGUCCCUACGCCCACCCAUCACCUGACGCUCCAGACUGCCCUGCCCUGGAGAUUACACAGGAGGCUCCAGGCGGAGGGCGAAGCCCAGUGUGGGGCCACGCACAUCCACGCGGUGCCGCCCUAGGUGUGUACCCUCCGGCCCGUCACUUAACCUCCCAUCGUCCGCUAAUAUUCACAGAGCACCGUCAUGUGCCAGGCUAGGCCUAUAGCCACUGGACACUACAGUCUGUUUCCCAGGGAUCCUGGUAGCUAAUGUCAGAAGAAAGUGACUCUCUGCGAACCAGCCCCUCUGCGGCCUCACUCUCGGAAAAUGAGCUGCCGCCCCCGCCCGAGCCUCCCGGCUACGUGUGCUCGCUGACAGAGGAGCUGGUCACCAAAGCCAGGGAAGAGCUGCAGGAGAAGCCGGAAUGGAGGCUCCGAGAUGUGCAGGCCCUCCGUGACAUGGUGCGGAAGGAGUGCCCGACCCUGAGCACCUCUCUGGACGAUGCCUUCCUCCUGCGCUUCCUCCGCGCCCGCAAGUUCGAUUACGACCGGGCCCUACAGCUGCUGGUCAACUACCACAGCUGCAGGAGAAGCUGGCCCGAAGUCUUCAACAACCUGAAGCCCUCGGCCUUAAAGGAUGUCCUCGCUUCCGGAUUCCUCACUGUGCUGCCCCACACCGACCCCCGAGGCUGCCACAUCCUGUGCAUCCGCCCAGACAGAUGGAUACCGAGCAACUAUCCAAUUACCGAAAACAUCCGAGCCAUAUACUUGACAUUAGAAAAACUCAUUCAGUCUGAAGAAACCCAGGUGAAUGGAAUUGUAAUUCUUGCAGACUACAAGGGAGUGAGCUUAUCAAAAGCAUCUCACUUUGGCCCUUUUAUAGCCAAAAAGGUGAUUGGCAUCCUUCAGGAUGGCUUCCCCAUUCGGAUAAAAGCAGUCCAUGUAGUGAAUGAACCUCGAAUAUUUAAAGGCAUUUUUGCCAUCAUAAAACCAUUUCUGAAGGAGAAAAUAGCAAACAGAUUUUUCCUCCAUGGGUCUGACCUGAACUCUCUCCACACAAACCUUCCAAGAAGCAUUCUCCCCAAGGAGUAUGGUGGCACGGCUGGAGAGCUGGACAUCACCGCCUGGAAUGCCGUGCUCCUGGCCUCAGAGGAGGACUUUGUGAGGGAGUUCUGCCCACCUGUCUCUGUCUGCGACAGCAUCCUGGGCCAGGCCCUGCCGCCGGAGGGGCUAGCCUCAGAUGCGCAAUGUGACGAUUCCCUGCGGGCCGUGAAAUCACAGCUGUACUCCUGCUACUAACCAGUCCCCUGUGAGUGCCACCAUCUUUAAAUCCUUUCCUUUUUCUCUGGAGAGGCGCAAGGAGAAUCUGAGGUGCCCGUGAGUCAGUCUUGCUCCUUGUAAUUAAAUUGCAGCCUGUACAGCUCUGAAAGUGAGCCAUGGAGUAAGGCCUUCGUUAUUGGAAUUAAUCCUUGGAAGACAUGGAAAAUGGUCCCAGUGAUUCUCAAACGUUUGGAAUCCCAGUUGGCAACCAUCAAUCUGGAAGCUAUGUCUGGUUCUUAGAGAUCUUGGAACAAGAAAAAUCAGGACCAAAGUCACUUUUGUCCCACAUUCCAGAAGAAAACCACCUGACUGGCCAGUCAGCACACUCCUAAGAAAGAACCUGGCCGAGUCUCCAAGGUGGCCUCAGAGGAGACUUCUGGAGUUUGUGUCUUUCACCUGAUUCCUAACUACAGACCUCUGUUGCUCAUCAGGAGAUUUCUAGUUUGAGGACCAGGCCCCAGCUGCCAUCACUGGGUUUGGAAAGCACCUUAAUUGAAUUAUGGGAGCAUCAGGACAUAAGUAGCACUUCCUUAUCAAAUUUGGGAGCCAGAGACUUCAAAGCACUUCUGAGAUUCAUUGGUUGACUCUUGCAAUAGAAAUUGAAGGUUUCCCAAACCCAUAAAGCCUUAGCCCUGGUUCUCAAUAAAAUUAUAAAGGAUCCUAGAGGUAUGUGAUUUUACUCAACCUAAAAUGCCACAUGCCAGGCCUGAGUAGCUAAAAGAAUUCUGGCCCAAGAAUGAAGAGACCAGGACUCCAGCUCCAGAAGUGUGACUGUGGAUAAGACCUGGGCCUCUGUGGGCCUCUCCUUUCUCAUCUGUAAAAUGAAGCUGGAUGAAAUGAUGCCGGGGGCUUUGGCUGCUGAUGUUUGAGAAUUUGGUUUAGUUACUAAAUGCCAGACAUUGGUUUUCUGCCCAGAAUAAUGGCUCUCUAGAGGCAAGUGUGAUCCUACUUUUUUUUGUGGUACAUCUGGGCCUUUCCAAGAGGCACAUGUCACCAUCUGGCCUACCUUUAAAAAGGAAAGUAGUAUCUAUAUUCUUGGGACCUGCUGAUAACCAACUUCCUUUUUGUAGGGAGGGUUGAACUGGACAAUGGCAGGUGAGAUGACCAGGGUUCGUGUGAAUUCCUUCUAUCCCUGAGGCUCUGGCGGGACACUGGAAACCCAGCAGCGGGGAAUGGCUAAGUUACUUGGGAUUCUUAAAUUUUGGUCUCUAGAAACAAAUGCAAGAGUUAUUGCUGGAUCACUUCUGGGACCCUAGUCCUCCCAGACAUGCUUGUUUCUUUCUCUGAUGUGGGUGGACAGACUUUAGCCAGCAAGUCCGAACGUUAGUUCUGCGUUUCAGCACUUUAGACCCUUCCUGUCAAAACGUUAGCCUUAGCCCAAGCAUCUAACUAGGUGGUUCAUCUGGUGGCAUUUGACCUGUUUCCUUUCGUAUUCAUUCCUUGAAAAUUACAGUGAUAAAAAGCAACAACAAGUACAGUGUGUUGUGUAAGUACGUUCUCUGUGCAUUUAUGAGACCACCAGGCAAGGGAACAAAAAACAGCUCAGUUAGGAAGAGGACGGUGCUCUGAAAUGCAAAGGCCAGUCUAUUGUUAAUAAGCUCUGCAUCUUCAUAGUACUGUUUCAAAUAUCUGGAGAAGUUGGUGGUGGAAACGAUUCACCUCAUUAGUGCCAAUUCCAGGGACGGCUCUUCACCGUAGAUACUAACCCUGGAUCCCCUCUAGGGACCUGGCAGAGCUGGAAGUACCAACACGCAGACCCCUGGCAGCCUCCAGGUCCAUCUGCCAAUGACAGCGUGACCAGCAAGGCUGGAAAGAUCUAAAUAGCACGAGUAGGACAGCUAUAGUAGAAGGUUCAGAACCCAACUGCUUGGAUGUGGGAACUGGUUAGAAGCAUUCUUAGGCCUCAAAGAGAAAACAUUGAAAAACAACCACUGCUGCCAAGCUAGAUGGAGGGAGGCAUGAACUGUUCAGCCCCACAGACUUUCCCCAGUUUACACUCUACUCUGCACUGCAUUCCUGGCUGGUUUUGCCCGUGUCUGUUGGACUUUAAAGCUUACGUGUGUUUAAGCUCACUGAGACAAGUAUCUCCCAAGACCAGGAUGUUGCCCACUUCCUAGGACUUUCCAGUUGGCCCAAGGAGCCGAUGCAUUCAGCUUCUGAAAGGAGUCAGAGCCCAGAUGUGUCUGCCUUCUGCAGCCGCUGUGCUUUAUUUUGGUUCCAAAGAGAGAUCAAAUAGUUCUGACACCUCAGAGGUUUGAAUCAAGCUGUGAAAGCAGGACCUCCCUGGGUGAAAAUCAAGGCCAUUUCUGUGUGGCUUCACCGGAUCUCUGUAGAGUCACUGCCGCGGGGUGGGGGAAUGACCAAAGGAGCACACAGUGAGCCUCAGUAGUGGGAGUACACUGAUGGGGCAAACAAGUGAACAUUAGGAGAACUGGGAGGGUCUUCCUUCAGGGGAAAGUUCUGGCCCAUUUCACAAACAUCUAAAAAGUAACUUCCUUAAAUUCAGGGUACUGUGGUAUAGGAAAGGGAAAGGGAUAGUAUCCAGGGGACCUGAGAGUUCUGGCUUUACACUGCUAUGUGACCUUGGAUGAGCCACUGAACAACCCCCUGAAUCGCAUGAUAAAAGGGUCUCUGCUCUGAGUUCUGAACCCUGUAUUUUAGGCAUCAUUUGGCUUCCUUGCCACAGGGACAUUGUACUCUACCAUUUAGAGGCCUUCUUCCUUCCCCCACCCCCGAUCUGGGUUAUUUUACAGAAAAUGUAAGUCUGAAUUGACAUCUGAAGCUCCCAAAUGAAAUCUGUAAGCUUAGGUAGUAAUCUGGGGAUUUUCUUCCUCCUCUGCUCUUUACACAGAAUCUGGAAAAUUGUGCCUCUUCCUGGAAUUCUAUUCUUCCUUCACAGAGGAGAGGCUGGGAGAAACAUACGGAAGCACCUGUGCAACUCUGGCAUCCUCUCUGGAGUUUAUGUGCUUUUUGGCAGAAGUGGCUUUAGCUUCCCCAUACUUCAUCUUGCUUUCACAAGGAGCCACUUGUCCUUAGAGGUUUACAAACACUUCAGCUUGUAAGAUACAUUUUUGCCAGAAAGGACAAGAAGAGGUAUUUUCCCAGAAUUCCUGAGAGAUAAUGAGUCUUUCUGAAUUCUCCCAGAGUGGGCAGUUUCUCUUAAAUGCCACCAGAUUGUCAUAUCAGUCGUGGGAUUACUUUCCCAUUUGGGUAGGCAAAAGCUGUGGCACAGUGGUGGUCUUAUUAUAAUACUUAAUUUUCAAGUUUUCAGUUUUUUAAGGUUUUUCCUUUGAAGCCUCUUUCAUUUGGGAAGUGAAGUGUUAGCUUAGGUCAUGAUGCAAGUGUGGCUGUUCUGUGGCAUGAGAUAAUGUGCAUAUACCAAACAGAAACAUCUCAACUGUUUAGGAAAGAGGGCUGUCUGGUGAGGUCUCUCAGUAUUGGGAUCUGUUAAUUCUGUAAAUCUAAAGUAAAUUCCUUUCUGCUCUCCUGACUCAGUAUUGGUUUGCUUGAAACGCAAGUGACAGGCAUUGUCAGAGUCAAAUAUUCCUCCUUAUAAGACUUGCUCCACUGGAAGGCCCAGUGUGACUCGUGGAUGGAGAAGCUAGUGAUGAAUCUGUUUGCCAACUGGCUGCUCGUCCUUGGUCUCAUUGGGCAGCACGUUAAGCUGGGGAGAAAGCUGCCAUUGGGGUUCUUGUGGAUAUGCCUCCAUGUCUUGGCACAUCAGGUGGUAACCUGUUAUGGGUGGAAUGCUUAAAGCCUCUGAUCCUGCUCUGACAGGGUGGGCUAAUGACUCCCAUUAGGGUGGGCUAAUGUUCUGACCGGAUUGGUACCUCAUUUCAGCCACUGGUCACAUUCCUCACUUCAAACUGAAAUUCAGUUUAGCUUUGAGUAGAUCGACACAUGGUGGUGGAUUCAUCUACUUCAGUGUUUGUUUUGACCAAAAGUUUAUUUUUCUAGUGCAUUUUCUACGUCAAAGUGGUGAAAACAUGUAAUUUUAGUAUGCAUGACUGGGUCUUAAACAAUAAAAAUUCCUGUAAGGUUA